CAUGUGCAUAGUAUGUGAAUCAACCAAUGUGCUGCGCUACAGUAUGCUCCAUUUAUAAGAUAAUCUCGAUCUUUGUGCCUUUAUGUUUGAUUGUAUUUUUUUUUUGACUAAAAAAUUUUAGUCAAUUAUCAGUGUUAUCAUUUUUUAUUAGAGAAUCUACUAGUUUAAUAAUGUUUUCAUCAAUUAGUAAAUUUUCUCGUUCUACGUCUUUGAAACAUCGGUUUCUUAGGUUUUAUGGUAAACAAAGUGAUCAAAGAACUACAACAACAAUAAACAAUCCACCUGCAAUUAAUGUUGAUGUUGGAGGACUAAGUGGAAAAUGUGUCGAUGUUCCAGCACAACCUGUUGGACCUGGUGCAGCUAAGGACAAAGAGUAUAAAAAUCCGGAAUAUUUUUGUUAUCAUGUUGAUAGUUUUGCUGAGGCAAUGGUAGAACUCCAGAAAUAUCGACUUCCAGCUCCUUCCAAUAAAAAGAAAUCUAGUCAUUAAAUAUUUUAGAAAUGGUAAUAUUCAUCUUUCACUAAUAAUUAUUUAUUUAUUAUCAUUUGACUAAAAAAUAAUUAUUAUUAAUGUAAAAUUAUAUAGAGACUUAAAUGUGAAUAAGUAAUGUAGCAUACCCAGUUACUUUUUAUUCAAUACAGUCCACAUUUAGAAAUUAUUACUUGAUUCUUUGGUUUACCAGUUGUCGUUCCGAAAUAUUCAAUCUAAAAAUUGAAAUAUAUAUAUUAGAAAAAA